AUGGGGACGGGCCCCGGCGUCUCCGGGCGCCGCGCGGCCUCCAGGCCGGGCCCGGGGCUGCCCUGCCGGGCGGGGGGUCGCGCCCGCGACGGUGAAGGCCAGGUAUGCCACCACGCUGACUGUCAGCAGCUGCACCACCGGGGACCCCUCAACCUCUGUGAGGCCUGUGACAGCAAGUUCCACAGCGUCAUGCAUUAUGAUGGGCAUGUCCGCUUUGACCUGCCCCCUCAAGGCUCUGUCCUGGCCCGGAAUGUGUCUACCCGGUCAUGCCCCCCACGUACCAGCCCUGCAGUGGACUUGGAGGAGGAAGAGGAAAGCUCUAUGGAUGGCAAAGGGGACCGGAAGAGCACAGGCCUGAAACUCUCCAAGAAGGCAAGGAGGAGACACACAGAUGACCCAAGCAAGGAGUGCUUCACCCUGAAAUUUGACCUGAAUGUGGACAUUGAGACAGAGAUCGUGCCGGCCAUGAAGAAGAAGUCGCUGGGGGAGGUGCUGCUGCCGGUGUUUGAAAGGAAGGGCAUAGCCCUGGGCAAAGUGGAUAUCUACCUGGACCAGUCCAACACACCCCUGUCCCUCACCUUUGAGGCCUACCGGUUCGGGGGACACUACCUGCGGGUCAAAGGAUCUCUCCUUGCCCCCAAUGCUGCCCCAGCCAAGCCAGGGGACGAGGGGAAGGUGGAGCAGGGAGUGAAGGACUCCAAGUCCCUGAGUCUGCCAAUCCUGCGGCCAGCCAGGGCCGGGACCCCCUCCUUGGAGCGUGUGGACCCCCAGAGCCGCCGGGAGAGCCUGGACAUCCUGGCCCCAGGGCGCCGCCGAAAGAACAUGUCGGAGUUCCUGGGGGAGACGAGCAUCCCUGGCCAGGAGGCCCCCACGCCUUCCGGCUGUUCUCUGCCCAGUGGCAGCAGUGAGAGCUGGAAGAACCGGGCAGCCAGUCGCUUCAGUGGCUUCUUCAGCUCGGGGCCCAGUGCCAGCACCUAUGGCCGGGAGGUGGACAAGAUGGAGCAGCUGGAGAGCAAGCUGCACGCCUAUGGCCUCUUCGGGCUGCCCAGGCUGCCCCGCAGGCUGCGCUUCGACCACGACUCAUGGGAGGAAGAGGGGGAUGAGGAGGAAGAGGAGGACGAUGCCUGCCUGCGGCUGGAGGAUAGCUGGCGGGAGCUCAUUGACGGGCAUGAGAAGCUGACCCGGAGGCAGUGCCACCAGCAGGAGGCGGUGUGGGAGCUCCUGCACACCGAGGCCUCCUACAUUAAGAAACUGAGGGUGAUCACCAACCUGUUCCUCUGCUGCCUCCUGAACCUGCAAGAGUCGGGGCUGCUGUGCGAGGUGGAGGCCGAACGCCUGUUCAGCAACAUCCCGGAGAUCACGCGGCUGCACCGCGGACUGUGGGCCAGCGUGAUGGCGCCGGUGCUGGAGAAGGCGCGGCGCACGCGGGCGCUGCUGCAGCCCGGGGACUUCCUCAGAGGCUUCAAGAUGUUCGGCUCCCUGUUCAAGCCCUACAUCCGAUACUGCAUGGAGGAGGAGGGCUGCAUGGAGUACAUGCGCGGCCUUCUGCGCGACAACGAGCUCUUCCGGGCCUACGUCACGUGGGCCGAGAAGCACCAGCAGUGCCAACGGCUGAAGCUGAACGACAUGCUGGCCAAGCCCCACCAGCGGCUCACCAAGUACCCGCUGCUGCUCAAGUCCGUGCUGAGGAAGACGGACGAGCCGCGCGCCAAGGAGGCCGUCGUCACCAUGAUCGACUCGGUGGAGCGCUUCAUCCACCACGUGAACGCGUGCAUGCGGCAGCGGCAGGAGCGGCAGCGACUGGCGGCCGUGGGGAGCCGCAUCGACGCCUAUGAGGUGGUGGAGGGCAGCAACGACGAGGUGGACAAGCUCCUGAAGGAGUUUCUGCAUCUAGACCUGACAGCACCCAUCCCUGGCGCCUCCCCUGAGGAGACACGACAGCUGCUGCUGGAGGGGAGCCUGAGGAUGAAGGAGGGGAAGGACAGCAAGAUGGACGUGUACUGCUUCCUCUUUACGGACCUACUCUUGGUGACCAAGGCAGUGAAGAAGGCUGAGAGGACCAAGGUCAUCCGGCCACCACUGCUGGUGGACAAGAUUGUGUGCCGAGAGCUGCGAGACCCUGGCUCCUUUCUCCUCAUCUACCUGAACGAGUUCCACAGUGCUGUGGGCGCCUACACGUUCCAGGCCAGUGGCCAGGCUUUGUGCCGUGGCUGGGUGGACGCCAUUUACAAUGCCCAGAACCAGCUGCAGCAGCUGCGUGCCCAGGAGCACCCCGGCGGCCAGCAGCACCUGCAGAGCCUGGAGGAGGAGGAAGAUGAGCAGGAGGAGGAGGAGGAAGACGAUGAGGAGGAAGAGGAGGAAGGGGGGGAGAGUAGCACUUCUGCCACCAGCUCCCCCACAAUCCUGCGCAAGAGCAGCACCAGUCUCAGCUCCCAGCACUGUGCCUCAGAUGGCUCGACCGAGACCCUGGCCCUGGUUGUGGUGGAGCCUGGGGAGCUGCUGUCCUCUCCUGAGUUUGAGGGCGGCCCCUUCGGCUCCCAGUCAGACGAGACCUCUGUCAGCACCACUGCAUCCUCCAUCACGCCCACCAGUGAGCUGCUGCCCCUGGGCCCGGCAGACGGCCGCUCCUGCUCCAUGGACUCGGCCUACGGCACCCUCUCCCCCACCUCCCUGCAGGACUUCGUGGCCCCAGCCCCUAUGGCGGAGCCAGUGCCCCGGCCCCCAGAUUUGCCACAAGCCCCUUCACCCCCACCCUCUCCCCGCCUCCGCCGCCGCACCCCUGUUCAACUGCUGCCCCGCCUGCCCCACCUGCUCAAGUCCAGAUCUGAGGCCAGCCUCCUCCAGCUGCUGUCAGGGGCCACCGCCUGUGGAGCGCCCCCAGCCCCCAGCCGCAGUCUGUCAGAACUCUGCUUGGCCGUUACGGUCCCCGGCAUGAGGACUCAGGGUUCCCCUCAGGAAGCUGGGCCCAGCUGGGUUCGCCGGGGGACACCCAGCCCUGGCCGUGGCCCCGAGCCAUUGGAGCCGGAGGGCAGAACCAGCUGCCCGGCUGGGGAGCCUGAAAGGCCCGCCAGGAGGAGCAAAGAACUGCCCUUGGGGGCCUCGCCCAGAGUCCAGCCCGAGCCCCCCCCAGGGAUCUCUGCCCAGCACCGGAAGCUGACACUAGCCCAGCUGUACCGGAUCAGGACCACCCUGCUGCUUAACUCUACGCUCACUGCCUCGUGA